AUGGGACAAAAUCCUAUCAAGAGUUUGAGUAAUGAGGAAAAUUUUCUUGUUGGCCAAGCGUCAGAGAUGUUGUUGAACGGCAAGCCAGCCGGAGACAGCACACAAAAUCUUUGUACUAUUGGAAAAGUCUAUGGAAAUUAUGAAGUCAUUUCAAAGAUUGGAGAAGGCGCCUAUGGACAAGUUUUUAAAGUUAUCAGAGUGAAUGAAGGAGCUGGAUCUAAUAACCAUCAACGGAGCAGCUCUCGAUUCUUUCAAAUACCUGCCAGUCCCCUCACCUCUACAAGUCCAAAAGGAAGUGUUGAUCCUUCCUCUGUAUUCAAUAACAACAACAGCAAACAAGAAUUCAGAAAAUCCACGUUAAGAACCUACUAUGCUAUGAAAGUGAUGGUCAUUAUGAAUGAUGAACAUUCAGCCUCUACGAAUCCUCAUAGUCUUUCCAAAAUUGAAAAUGAAAUCAAUAUUCUUCGAUCGUUGGAGCAUAAGAACAUUUUGAAAUAUAUAGAUCAAUUUUACUUGAAAGUGGACUUGACUCCAAAAAUUAAAAAGGAUGCCAUAGCUCUUGUAUCGGAAUAUUGUGAAGGAGGAAGUUUGGGAGAUAUUAUUGAUUUGAAUCAAAGCACUAACAUUCCUCUUCGUAAAUUGGUUGAGUGGUUUACGAGUAUGGUUGAUGUGUUAUAUUAUUUCGAACAAAAGGGUGUCAUCCAUCGUGAUAUCAAGCCUGGUAAUUUAUUAUUGCAAGGAGGAUGUGUAAAAUUAGCAGAUUUUGGGCUUGCUAAGACUGUGGAGGAGGCUUCUUCAAACAGAAAUCAUACAGUGUGUGGAAGUCCAAUUUAUGUUUCACCUGAAGUGAUGUUUAGAGCUGGAUACAGCUCAAAAGCAGAUGUCUAUUCACUUGGUGUAACAUUCCUUGAAGUAUGCUCUGGAGUUUCUCAUGAUACGUUCAGUGAAUACUUCACAACUGAGAAAAUUGAUUUACAACCCCUUCUUAAUCGUGUACAGCUGUCUUCUCUCAAGACUCUAUUAUCUCUUUGUAUACCAUCCAAUCCAAGCGAAAGAAUAUCAGUGGAACAACUCCAUAGGCAUCCAAUCAUUCAGGCAUAUCUUUAUCUUUUAUAUGGCAAGCAACCUAAGGAUCCAAGAAAUCUUACAUUUAUUGGAGUGAUUAUUGGAUCUAUUGAGUUAAUUUAUAAAUCAAGAGAAAUACACAUGAACGCUGCUCUAUGCAACGCUAUUAAAUUAAUUAAUGAUGUAUUACCAAACCAGACAAUCCUCGAUUCCAUCUACGAAGGCGAGCAUACAAACUUUGUGGGAAUUAUUUUAAAGAUGGGUACAGUAUGGAGCACUUAUGAUAACUCUGAUUUGGAGGUUGCUUGUGAAAACUUUUUGAAAAAAUAUAUGGAGUCUGGUUAUCUCUACAAGCAACAUUUAGCAGAGGAAAUUGUUACAAUGUACUAUGAUUCGGAUGUUCCACAAGAACGUCUGGAUUGGUUUUUAGAAACACAUUUACUGCAGCACGUGGAUGGAGAAAUGGUUUCCAUGAUUCUUGAAACUGUGAAAAAUGCAGAAGGAAAGAUACGACCAAAUGUUGCCAAGCAACUUGAGGAAAGACUUGCAAAAUUGGAAGUUAAACAAGAACUAGACGUUAUUGACGAAAUUUAA